GCAUCGUUCACAUCUGGCAGAGCGUAGCGUUGCUCAGGAGCUUUCCCACCGCCCGCGGUCAAGACUCCGGUCCACCGGUCCAUUCCCCGGUCCAGACUCCGGUCCACCGGUCCAGACUCCGGUCCACCGGUCCAUUCCCCGGUCCUUGACCCGUUUUCUUUUUUUCUUUCGCGGAGGACACGAUCACUAAAGGCCAGAUGUUUCCGGUCAGGCAGCCCUGGCUCUGCAAAGCCCUAGGUUGCUAUGACUGUUGCAUCCGGUGCGCGGGCGCCAUCCCCUACCCGUCGCUGGUCGCCACGCUGCUCUUGUUCGCCGGCAUGGCGCUGUUCUGCGGCUGCGGGCACGAGGCACUGGGCCAAACCCAGGUCCUGGUGGAGACCCACUUCGCCCGCAACUUCCAGGACUACUCGCUCAUGGCCUCCUGCAUCAAGUACUUCCAGUUUGUGAUCUACGGCCUGGCCUCCUUCUUCUUCCUAUACGGGCUCCUGCUGCUGGCCGAGGGCUUCUACACCACCAGCGCCAUCAAGCAGAGCUUCGGGGAGUUCCGGAGCACCCGCUGUGGCCGCUGCCUCAGCCUGACCUUCAUCAUCGCGACCUACGUCCUGGCGGUCAUCUGGCUCUGCGUCUUCGCCUUCAGCGCCAUCCCGGUCUUCUUCUUCUUCAACAUGGCGCAGACGUGUCACAACAUCAACCUGCUGGCUGAGACCUCCCCCAGCAUCAACCAGCACGGCUGGAUCUGCAUGGACGCCCGACAGUAUGGUCUGCUACCCUGGAACGCCAUGCCCGGGAAGGCCUGUGGAAUGACGCUGGCGGCCAUCUGCAAGACCAGCGAUUUCUACGUGACCUAUGACCUGUACAUCGCUGCGUUCGUGGGUGCCGGGGUCGCGCUUCUAGCUCUGUUCCUGUACGUUGUCGCCACCACCUACAACUACGCCGUCCUGAGGUUCCUGGGCAGGAAGGGGUUACACUGCUGAGCCCCCCGUUCGGACGGCAUGGAAGCUCCCCUGACCUUCAUCACACCACCCUCCUCCUCCUCAUCGCCCUUGUCAUGAACAUAACCCAUAGCAGCUCUCCCCGCGGGUGUCUUUAACACGGCAUGUUGUUCGUCCUUCAUCUCCAUGGCAACCUCCCAUCAUCUCCAUGGAAACCUCUCACCUUCUCGCCACCGUCGCUGUUCGGAGCGCGUCUCCUGACCUGGCGAGGCAGCGAGGUGGUUGAUUGAGGGAGAGACACCCCCCCCCCCCCCCCCCCCUGGUGAUUCUACAGCCCACCUGGUCUCUCUGGUAAACCGUGGAUAUUCUGGUUCUGAAUAACAAUGUCUGCCCCACCUUAUCUCAUCGUCAUGACCGUCUCUUUAACCUCAAUGUGAAUUAAAUUAAAAAUGGAUGAAAAUGUGGGAUGUGUCCGGACAUGUCUGUCGAGGAGUAUGUCGUUGUUGAGAUAAGGUUAUUAUUGCUGAUGUGUCGAUGGUGAACUGUGUUGCCUUUGCGUCAUAAGAAAUGUUGCAGUUUUGUGUACUCUGGCAUUGAGUGCUUUUAUUGCAGUACCACUAUGUGGGCGGAGACAAACUGGGAUCCAUCUCCUCAAGGUGCUUUUUGUAUUUCUAAGGAUAAGAAGUUUGUUGAGGUCCGUGCUGCGACCUUUAACCCCUCUAUGAUUUCAGCGUUGCUGGGCGGCCGGUGUCCCGGAGCUGUCAUUAAAGCUUUCUUAAUCACA